AUGCCCGCCGCAUCCGGUGAUUCGUCAAAACCCAGUUCCGCGCCGAGCUCGAAACCUUCGUCCAUUAAAUCCCACGAUGGCUCUAGACAUUCUCCCGGUCUCACCCCUCAGGAUUGCGAUUGCGCGAGCGAGUCCUCACACCUCAAGCCCCAUUCAGAAAGAUCCUCUGUCAAGGAACGCUUCACCCGCAUGUUCUCAAGUAAAGACUUGCCCAAGCUGAACAACGGCAAUGGCGAACACGCUGGGAGACCUCGUGGCCCCUCCCAGAGUGGCGCCGUGUCCCCUGCUUCGUCGCGCAAGGAGUCCUCUGAACGUCCCGCCGAGAAGCCCUCGUCAAAUGCGUCCAAGGUCAUUCCCGGCAAGGAUCUCGGCAGUCGCUUCUCUUGCAACUCAGAAGUCCCGGGUGGCCACGAACAUCACCUCAAGUCAAGCCGACGUCAGGAAAAACUCUCCGACAUGUGGAGGUCCCUUCUGGGGAAGAAGCCAGAGGCCACUCCCGAUAGUGAUCUCUCGCUGGUAUCCAACUGGGUCGACUCCCUGCGCCAGGAAAAGGAAGAAGCCGCAGACCGCAAGGCAUGCCCCAAUGUGUCCACGACGCUCGUCGAGAAGUAUGGCAAAUGUCAGGAGGUUGUGGGCCGAGGCGCCUUUGGUAUUGUCCGAAUCUCCCACAAGAAGCUUGGCACCAGCGAAAAGCUCUUUGCCGUCAAGGAGUUUCGCCGACGACCCGAAGAAACCGAAAAGAAGUACAGCAAGCGCCUGACGGCCGAGUUUUGCAUAUCCUCGUCUCUGCGCCACCCCAACGUAAUUCACACCCUGGACCUGUUGAAGGAUGCCAAGGGCGACUACUGCGAGGUGAUGGAGUUCUGCGCUGGUGGCGAUCUUUACACCCUUAUCCUGUCGAGUGGCAAGCUUGAAGUUCAAGAGGCCGACUGCUUCUUCAAACAGAUGAUGAGAGGUGUAGAGUAUCUCCACGAAAUGGGCGUCGCCCACAGGGACCUCAAGCCAGAAAACCUUCUCCUGACCACCAGGGGUGCGCUCAAAAUCACGGAUUUCGGCAACGGCGAGUGUUUCCGAAUGGCUUGGGAGACGGAUGCUCACAUGGUGUCUGGACUAUGUGGCUCGGCCCCGUACAUCUCCCCCGAGGAGUACACGGACAAGGAAUUCGAUGCUCGCGCCGUCGACGUAUGGGCUUGCGGUGUCAUUUACAUGGCUAUGCGAACCGGUCGUCACCUUUGGCGAGUGGCCAAGAAGGACGAGGAUGAGUUCUACGCCCGAUAUCUCGAGGGCCGGCGUGACGAAGAGGGCUACGGCCCCAUUGAGUCGCUGCAUCGGGCGAGAUGCCGCAACGUCAUCUACUCAGUUCUGGAUCCCCAUCCCACCCGCCGCCUAACCGCGGCUCAGGUCCUGAAAUCAGAGUGGGUUCGCGAAAUCAAACUGUGCAAGGCUGGAGAGGAGGGUGUCUAA